CUGGUUCCAUAGAACUGUCCGUGCGUGGUUCUGAUAGGUUAUCGUAGUUUCAGCACUAGCUAGGUGGCUACUCGCACGCAACAAGAAUGGCGGACAAGGGGCUAAAAGGAGAACCAGAAGCAGAGUUCGCGAAGAGAAUUGAUCCGGCGAAGGAGCCGCUGACCGCGGAACAAAUCCAGUUCAUCCGGAAGGUGGAACUUGAGCGGUGGAAGAAGAACGCACUGAAACUAAGAAGCCGCAAUGUCGUUACGGGCCUGGCUAUUGGGGCCCUUGUGAUGGGAAUUUAUGGGUACACAUUUUAUUCGGUGUCGCAGGAGAGGAUCAUGGAUGAGCUGGAUGAAGAGGCCAAAGUCGCAAGGACAAGGGCGCCGAAAACCGCAGCUAACUGACUGACUUCAUAUGGACUGGUUGCCGUUUAAAUUAUUGCACUGAGAGAAAUGAACUGAUGCUGAAAUGAGUGGUGCGAGCGACUCACUCUGCCCCUGCAAGCAAGGACGUCAUAUUACCACAUAAUUAGGAGACGACUACAUGCCUUUGCAUUAUGCCAAUCAUUCGUGAAUACAUGGUUAUUUUAGUGACCUAAAAUGUAAUGUGGAUUUUGGUUAGAUGGAAGAACAGAACGUCGAUGGACAACAAAAUAGUCUCCUCCUGAAAAUCCAGCUCUCCCUCACAUGAGCGUACUACUACAUUCACUGUGUAAAUUUAAGAUUUUUAUAUAUUUUUUUGCUUUAAUCAAGGUCCAUAAUACAGAAUAAUUGAAACUGUCUCUUAAAUAAGUGGGAUACACAUGGUAAGGAAGGUUCCAGUUGAAAAGUAAUGUAAAUGUCAUGAAAUGGAAAGCAAGUUCAAGAACUCCUAAGUUGGUUGCUUUGAUUUGGCGUUUAAUUGAACCAAUCAAAUUAACCGACUGGUGUAGGAAAAUGGUACCGUUUAUAACAAUGUGUAAUAUAUUAAUGUUGUAAAAAAAAUGUUAAAUGGCUUUUUCAAAUAAAUGGAUUAAAAAAGUAA